AUGGCGCCCUCAGCAAUCGAUCAAAUCACUCAGCCCAUCGACCAGCUUACGGGCGAUGAGAGAGCUGCUCAAUUGCGUAAGACGGUUGGCGAUAGACCUCUUGAUAGAUUCACAUACGGUCCUCAUCCCAUCAGCGGCAACCAGACGGAUGCAGUAAAGCAAGUCCGCAUUCCAACAUUCUCCAACCCGCUUGACGAAAGAGCAUUCCGCAAGCUCCACCACGCCGCCGCAAUCCGCUGGCUUGGCAUCAACGGCUACAACAAUGAAGGUGCAGGCGGCCACAUCACCGUCCGCGACCCGAUCAAACCCGACCACUUCUGGAUCAAUCCCUUCUGCAAGUCGUUCCGAUACAUACGGCCAGAAGACCUGUGCCUCGUGAAUGAGGAAGGCAUCGUAAAGCCCGAGGGCAACAUGCACGCGAUCAAUCCAGCAGGUUUUGCGAUUCAUGCAGCUGUGCAUCAGGCGAGGCCGGAUGUCGUUGCUGCGGUGCAUUGCCAUAGUUUGCCCACCAAGGCUUUCUCGGCGUUGGGGUGUGAGUUGGAGCCGAUCAACCAGGACGCAUGUCGAUUUUACAAUGAUCAUGCCAUCUAUGAGAACUUUGGCGGGAUCGUGUUGGCGCAUGAGGAGGGUCGUAACAUCGCCAAGGCGUUGGGGAAUAAGAAGGCCGUCAUCCUUCAGAAUCACGGCAUCUUGACUGUCGGCAAGAGCGUCGAUGCUGCGACGUAUCUAUUUGGAGCCAUGGACCGAUGUAUCGAAGCCCAGUUGAUGGCAGAUGCGGCCGCGGCCGGGAGAGGUACUGAGACGAUCAAGAUUCCGCACGAAGAGGCCGAGUUUACGCGGAGGGUGUAUACGGAUGAGAUGGAGUAUAACAUGUUCCAAUCUUGCUUCGAGGAUAUGGUGCGAGCAUCGAACGGCGAGCUGUCUAUGUUGUCUGGUGGGGAGCGGAACGGAUAUGAUGUCUUCCCCAGGACGUGGUAA